AUGGCUGGAAAUUUCUGGCAAAGUUCUCAUUAUCAGCAGUGGAUUUUAGACAAACAGGACUUGAUUAGAGAAAGACAUCAUGAUUUACAAAUUCUAACUGAAGAAGAAUAUCAAAAAAUUUUUAUCUUUUUUUCAAACUUUAUACAAGUUUUGGGUGAACAAUUAAAGUUAAGACAACAAGUUAUAGCUACUGCUACUGUUUACUUUAAAAGAUUUUAUGCUAGAAAUUCUUUAAAAUGUAUUGAUCCUUUACUAUUAGCACCUACUUGUGUGUUUCUCGCAUCCAAAGUGGAAGAAUUUGGUGUCAUUUCAAAUACCAGGUUGAUUACAAUCUGUCAAAAUGUCGUUAAAAAUAAAUUCAGCUAUGCAUAUGCUCAAGAAUUUCCAUACAGAACAAAUCACAUUCUUGAGUGUGAAUUUUAUUUGCUUGAAAAUUUAGAUUGUUGUUUGAUAUUGUAUCAGCCAUACCGUCCAUUGUUAUCUCUAAUAGCAGAUAUUGGAAAUGGUCAUGAAGAUCAAAUGAUGGCCUUAGCUUGGAGAGUUGUCAAUGAUAGUUUGAGAACUGAUGUAUGUUUAUUAUAUCCUCCUUAUCAAAUUGCAUUAGGAUGUCUUCAGAUAGCAUGUGUCAUUUUGCAAAAGGAUUUAAAAACUUGGUUUGCCGAAUUAAAUGUAGACAUGGAAAAAAUUCAAGAGAUAGCUAGACAUUUAAUAAAUUUAUUCGAACUGUGGAAAUCUUAUGAUGAAAAAAAAGAAAUUCCUAAUUUGUUAGCUAAAAUGCCAAAGCCGAAAAAUCAACCAUCCAGGUAA